AGAGGACAAGACACACAGACUCAGCUGAUUCUCUCCAUUCUGAAUUGUCCAAUUGAAUCGUGAUGGGCCUUUUGCAGUUGAUCCUGCUAUCUACUUUCCUCUCAGUUUCCGUGACAUCAGAAUCAUUUCAUGCAAUGGAAGAUGAGGCUUUGGUUGUAAAGUGUCCCCAAGACUGUCAAAAUAGGACUGUCAAAUGGUAUCACACACAAACUAACCAGCUCAUUCCUGCAGAAGAGGGUGGACGGAUACAUUCCUCUGGGCGAUUUCUUUGGUUUCUGCCAACAUCAAAAGAGGACUCGGGAAACUACACUUGUGUUACACACUAUUCUAAUUAUACAAAACAGUCCACUGUGAGUGUGAUGGUGUAUCUACACAAACAAGGUAUUUGUUUCCCAAGUCAGAUACGUUAUCCAAAUGACACCGGAACGUUAACUUCUGGAAGAAUUGUUUGCCCUACGAUUGACAAUUAUGAGAAGGCUACUAUUGUCAAGUGGUAUAAGGACUGCAAACCUCUCCAAGGACCACGUGAAAAAUAUUCAAUGGGAGAGAGGUAUCUUUUUAUUAAACGUCCACAAAAAACUGACGAAGGACAUUAUACUUGCUAUUUUACCUGUAUACACAGUGGAAAUGUAUAUAAUGUAUCGGCGACAAGACCCUUUAUAGUUAAAGAACAAGUUUCUUCACCUAUACCUCCCAAAAUUCAAUAUCCAACAGACAAUGCUGUAAUACAAGUGGAGUUUGGUUCUCCUGUGAACAUUAGCUGUGGAGCCCUUCUGGGGAUUGGGAAGCAAAAUAUAGCCGUUGUUACAUGGGAGGUUAAUGGAAUCAAAGCUGAAUAUCUCAAUAUUUCAAGGUUUCAUGAAGACCAUCAAUUUUUUAUGAGACGUGAUCGGGAAUAUUAUGGAGAGUCCAUUUUAACUAUUGAGGAAGUAAAGGAAGAGGAUCUUCUGUCGAAUUUCACAUGUACAGCACUAAAUGAAAUAGAUCAUGUAAUGUUCACGGUGACAUUACAGCUCAAAGUGCCUUGUAAGGGAGAUAAUCACAGCACCUACACAACAAUAGGGAUUCUUGUUUUGUUAAGUAUAAUAGCCCUCUUGCUCAUACUUUACCAGUUUUUCCGAAUUGAUAUUGUCCUACUGUGUCAGCGGAUAUUUAAACCCUACAAAACCCAGGAUGAUGGGAAGAUAUAUGAUGCAUAUGUUAUCUAUCCCAAAAAUCGCACUAAUGAAGCUAAUUUUGUGGAAUAUUUUGUUCACCAGAUUUUGCCAGAUGUUCUAGAAAAUAAACACGGAUAUAAACUGUGUAUUUAUGGGCGAGACAUGUUGCCUGGUGAAGAUGCAGCCAAUGCAUUAGAAAUGAGAAUACAGAAGAGCAGGAGACUGAUAAUCAUUCUAACACCACAGCUAAUUCAGUGUGAGGAAUUUGGUUAUGAACAUCAGAUUGCCUUAUACAGUGUCCUCAUUCAGAACAACAUAAAGGUGAUCCUCCUUGAAAUGGAGACAAUUGGGAACUAUGCGGGCUUGCAAGAAUCCCUCAGGUACAUCAUCAAGCAGCAAGGUACCAUAAAAUGGAAAGAGAAGCACAAAGAAUGCCCACAUGCAUCCAACUCUAAAUUCUGGAAACUUGUGAGGUACCAUAUGCCACUGAGACACAAGCCUUCACAACUCAACCAUGCAGUGUAA